UGCUAUGUGGGAUUAUCGUGUCGUUUUUACGCGCUCAUAAAACUUUUGUCUCAACGAAAACAUUGUAAAUAUAUUAUUGAAACGACUCGAAAUUCGAAUUAUUUAUUAAUUGAAAGUGUUGUAGUGUGUUAUGUAAGUUUGUGUAGGUAUUUUAUAGUGUAACAUAGUGCAUUCUUCGAUGAUUCAUCUGUGAACAAGAAAUUCAGUUUGUGUCAUAGUUGUACAUGUAUUUAUCUUAAGUUAUGUGUACCUUAUAAGGAAUAUGUUUUGUGAUUGCUUUGGCUGAUUUUUCAACUUUACAAUAUCGAGUUUGCUGAGAAAUAAGGUCCUACUACUAUCCAGUCCAUCUUCACUAUAAAUAAUUAAUAUGAAAAGCGUUUGCAGUUAUCCUGUUUCGUGGUACAUUUAAGAAUUCCGAGAUACAAAAUGGAGACUCGAACGCUUUACUACAUAGUAGCCUUCAGCCUGGGGCUAUCGUUAGUCAAUGCAGAUUUCACUGCAAACUGUCCACAAGAAUGCAAAUGUGUCUGGGCGAGCGGAAACAAACAAGCUGACUGUUCACACUCGAACUUCCAUGACAUACCCAAAACAUUAAGCACAGAGAUUCAGAUACUAGACCUAACUAAUAACGAACUAUACGAAGUCACGAGGCACGCUUUUGAGGAUGUCCGAUUAAUAAAUCUAAAGAAACUUAUAUUAAAAGAAUGUAAGUUAAUAACGAUACAUAAAAAUGGACUAAGCGGUCUCGCGAUUAUGAUCGAACUAGACUUAUCGAAAAACGACCUUAAAACGUUACACGCGGAAACUUUUAAGGAAACAUCAAAAAUAAGGUGGAUCUUGCUCAAUGAUAAUCAAAUAGAGAAGUUAGAAAAUGGCCUAUUUAAUAAUUUACCGUUCCUGCAAAAAGUCGAUUUGAGCAACAACCAUCUAGUACAAAUAGGCGUAAAGACAUUUAUGAAUGUGCCAAAACUUAAUAUCUUACGAUUAGAUGGUAAUAAAUUAGAACACCUUAAAAUAGAUACCCUGAGCGCUUUAACGUCGUUAUCUAACCUCGACGUUCACGAUAAUCCCUGGAAAUGUGAUUGCUACUUACAACCUUUCAGAAAUUGGGUCAUUAGCAAAAAUUUCUACACGUCACCUAUAUCAUGUAGCGAACCGGCCAAAGUAAAUGGGAAAUUAUGGAAGGAGCUAGAUUCUAGUGAUUUUGCUUGCAGGCCAAGUAUAAUUUAUCCUUCAACUAAAACAACGUUGCGUUCAUCAGAUACAAAUGUAACUCUUUCUUGCCAAGUUGAUGGUAAUCCUUUACCGGAAGUGAAUUGGGUGUUAAAUGCUCAAAUUAUUGAUGGCACAUACAGAUAUCAAGGUGAAAUUAAAUAUUUUGUAACGCAGAGUAAUUCAGAAAAUAGUAAAUGGGUAAAUCUAACUAUAUUCGAUGCUGGCAGCUCUGAUAAUGGAGAAUAUUUGUGUGUAGCAAAAAAUGCUGGUGGCGUUGAAGAAAGGAGUUUGACGUUGGCUAUAGCUCACGCUCCCCCUGGAAUCGUUGCCCCUCCAGGAAUGGACAACAAUAUGUUACCGGUUUUAAUUGGAAUAUCCUGCACGGCAGCCAUAUUGCUAAUAAUUUUAGUAAUACUCUGUUAUUAUUGCUGUCGGAGACGUGGUUCGGAGAAAAAGAAAGAUAACGUUAAUGGAGAGGCUCUGAUUGAAGGGUCGGUUAUACCAGAAAUGGAGAAAAGUCUGAUCACCGCCGUUAAUCCAGUCACAAAGCCACCUAGAAGAUACGACGCUCCUUUAUCGAUCACCAGCACUACUGAAAUGUCGGAACUAAAUAAGACAUUACUUGAUAAUGAUUCUGUUUUUGCUCACAAUGAUGACGAAAAGAGAUCGCUAGACUUUGAUCAGCAUACAAAAAGAUCACAAGACGCUCUGAACGUAGAGUAUGGUCGUACGGACGGGCGUGCGUAUCCGCCAGACCUUUUAUCUUUCCCAGCGAGAGCUGCUCAAAUUUCUCCUGCAGCCAGCAAUGCAUCAACAGUUCCAGAUACAAGCAGACUACAAAUAAACCCAGUUAGCCCAAUCCACUCCCCUAUUUACGGUAUGACCACCAAUCAAAAUCUCUUCAGAACUUUACCGUAUUCGCGAUCACAAUCACCCUUUACAGCACCAAUUACACCACCGGUAGUAACACCAAGGCAAGGAUACGUUACAAUACCAAGAAGACCUAGGGUACCAUCAUGGUCUAGCACAGCCAGUACACAAAUACUGCCUAGCGCCGAAGCACAAGAACCACUUUAUGAUAAUUUGGGCUUAAGGACAACUGCAGACGGAAGUUCUGUUCUUUCAUUAAAUAAAGCUGGAUUAGAACAACAAUUUUCACCGAUGAGAAAUAGACCUCUUCCAGCAACACCUACUGUGUACCCUAAUCCACAUCCUCCAGUUUACUACGCACCUAUAGAAGAACAAGAACCUGCUCCUUCGCCUGUACCACCUCCAUUUACUCCCACUCGAAACAGCAUCAGUUCUCAAUUAUCCAAUCAACUCUCCACGCCAGGUCCACAAGAACCGGUGAACCAAAGAAUGAGUUGGACAGCAAAAAACACAUCAACCCCACAAACUGAGCCUAGAAAGCAGUUAGUCAACGUCAUGGAUAAUAGGAACGCGGACGCUCAGUCGCAAAUUUCCGACAACAGUACACUUAGUCGCAAAGGUAAACCAGAAACAGGUUCGCUAAGAAGAAAUCCAAGAUCGGAAAAAGAUGAGGUAGGCUCUCCAUCUAGAGAUGACCCAAGAAAGAACGAGAGCAAUGUAUCAUUGAAUCAAUCCGGCACUAUGGGAAGAAGUGGUAAAAUUCCUCCUAGACCACCGCCAAAGCCUAAAAAGAAACCUACCACCGAAGUGAACCCGAACGAACCCCUCUUCGAAGAUGAAGGCGAAGAUGGCACAGAAGUGUAGUAAACUCGAAACGGACUGAACAAACAGUGCCAACGAGCUUUUAGUGAUACGUCACAGUGAAGUGUUAUCAGUGAACGAUGAAAGUGCAACCGGAUCAUUAUUUUGCGGUGCUCGUGUAAAUAUCUCGUGCUAGAUUUUUUACUAAUGCGUACAAUUGCAUUAUGGACCAUUUCGCGAUGACGUCAUAAGUAUAGCGUAACAGCCAUGAUUAAGUUAUAACGUUUGAGAACAAAAAACAUGCGUUAUAUUUUAAGUAUUUAUUAUGUGUGGUUAUAAUUUUAAGACAAUGAAACGGUAGCUUUUCGAUUCGCUUGCCAUUUGUAGGGCCGUCUGUUCAUCGACUAUCAAGACUGAUUAUCCUAAAUUUAUUCUCGCAUUCGACAUUCCUGUUUCGUAUUAAUUCCACGUUAUACCUUUAUAUCAUGCACUUUCGAAUGAAACGUCAUUAAAACUAAAAUUUAAUAGAUGAAAGGCGUAAUGGGUUAGCUUUUCAACUGUUGAUCGUGUCAAUAGUUUCUAAAAGCGUUUAUUUGAUCCUUCGCUUUCAUUUCCCGAUAAAUUCACACGAGUUCGAAAUUAAAAAUAAAAUUAGUACCUACCCCUUAUCGAAAUUUGUGAACAGCUAUUUUAUUAAUGGCGAAAGGUUUCGAAAAUUUCUAAUUGUGUGGAUAUUUUUUAUUUCACUUACAUAUACAUUCAUACUUCUGAAAUAUUUAACUUAAUUUCUAAGUUAAUAUAAUUUUAGUUGUUAGCUCUUUUUAAGACUGUGUAUUUUGUCAGCAAAUAUGUUAAUGUGAAAUGUUUUAUUUUAAAAUGUCAAUUUUUUAAACCAUUUGACAAUAUGUAUUUUCAGCAUAAAUGUAAUCAAAAUUUUUAAGGAACAUUUCAUUUUGUAAAUAGUGGCCAAAAACAAUUGUCAUCAAUUUCUAAUCUAUCUCUUAAUACAGAUCAGAUGUCUCGAAAAAGUCUUUUAAUAAUGAUUUAAACCAUUCCAAUCAGUGAUUACAAUUAGGAUUCUGUAUCAGUAGCUUUCAACGAAUGAUUCUAAACUGAAUAGGAAAAAUAGUUCCUAAAAGAGUUUUGUUGAUUACGAGUCGAUUUGCACCAAUUUUAAUUAUCAAAAUCGUCAUUAGAAUAAGGCCUUAUAUUGUAAAUAUGGAUAAGAUAUAUUCGACAAUGAAUUGAUCAAUAUAUAUAUCUAUAGACGUAACCAGAAAAAAAAUAUUAUACAUGUUGCGUGAAUAUUCGUGUAAACAAAUUAUUUUAAUUGAACAUUAAAAAAUGUUAUAACACUCUUGUAUUGUAUUGUGGUGCACAUCGACGUUACGUUAUGACAUUAGCUUAUAUUUUAGUUACUGGUGCUUAUUUUUGUAAUGUUUUUUUUUUUUUAUUAAACUUAUUUAUUAUGUUUUUAAUCGAAUGUACUGGAUAAGAAUUACAUGUACGUAUUAUUAUGUCAUAUUGUGCUUAGUGUUUAAGUGCUGCCGAUUGUUUCGCACGAAAAUGACAUUAUACAGCGUGAUAUAAUAUUCUUAGCGUACUUGAAAUAAACAAAAUGUUCAUCUCAAUAGUGACUUUGAAUAUAGGAACGGUUGGAAUUAAAUCGAGUUCGAUUGAUUUUAUACUUUUGAUGUAUUUUAUUGGUGAUUGCGAAUUUAAAACAUUUUAAAAUUCGUAUAAAUAAUUUGUUUGUAAACAAUGGUUUUAUAUUUCACAGUUUACAACGCCGUUUUUAAUAUGUAUGAGCUUUGUCAAGCAUACAAAAAAUAAAUCGUUUAAAUAUACUUUCGAAAAUUAAAAAACUAUUAGCUUUUGUGGUCAAUUAUACGGCAUGAUUAUUUUAGAACGGAAAGUACAAGAAGUAUGGUUUUCACAAUAUUUACUGUAAACAUUUGUUUUUAUAUAGGUGUAAGCGCUACAUGUACAUAUUAUGAACAUUAUUAAAACUGAUUAAAGCUAUAUUUCAGUA